AUGGACACACUCGCUUCCCCUGCGUACCCAUUUGCUACCAUGCCUCGUCUCUUCAUACUGCCCUCCGCCCUCACUGUCCUCUACUCACUCGUCGCUGUCUCGCUUCUUUCCGCCGGACUCUACAUCUACCUCUACCCCUUCCGCCUUUCCAGGCUAUCAUUCCGAAACCUUCCUGGACCUGAGCCCGGCCACUGGUUCUGGGGUCAUACCCAGACCCUCAUCGCCCAGCAGCCCAACGCCAUGCACACUGUCUGGACCAACAAGUAUGGACCGACGAUUUGCUACCCCAUCUUCCUCGGAAUCCAGCGCUUCCUCACAAUCGACCCCUCCGCCCUCAACUACAUUCUGACGCACCCGGAAAGCUUUGAAAAGCCCUCAGAGACCCGCGGUGAGUUGACGACCAUGUUGGGCAACGGUCUCUUGGUCGCGGAAGGCAGCGACCACAAGAAGCAGAGAAAGGCAUUGGGUCCGAGCUUCAGCCCUGCUGCUAUCCGAGGCAUGAUCCCGGCGUUCUAUGACAAGGCAUACGAGUUGAACAACAAGUUGAUGGGGCUCGUUGAAGGAGCCGACACUGAGGUGGCGUCGCCGACCCCGGCCAAGGAUAUCGACUUUGUUCCAGGAGGAAGGAAGAUUGACGUGAUGAGCUAUCUCAGCAAGACUGCUUUGGAUAUCAUUGGAACGUGCGGAUUCGAUUACGACUUUAAGGCCUUGUCGGAACCAUCCAACGAACUCUCGGAUGCUUACAGGAACAUGUUUAUGGCGGUCAUGGAUGUUAGAGUCUGGGAUUUUAUUGUUUCCAAGAUUCCAAUCAUCAGGAGCAUUCCCACUGAGAGGUCCAAGGUCGUUGCCGCAAGCAAAAAGCUCACCCGCAGUAUCGGAAUGUCUUCUCCGCGAAAAGAAGACAUCGUCAUGGGCGCUCAUGGCGGUGACUUGGAGAAGAAGGCUGAUAUCGGCAAGGACUUGAUCUCGAUCCUGGUCAAGGCCAACAUGGCAGCAGGACUCAAGCCCGAGCAGAGGCUCUCGGACGAAGAAGUGCUUGACCAGAUUACCACUUUCAUGCUCGCCGGAAACGAAACGACAUCUACCGGUCUUACUUGGAUCCUCUAUAAUCUGUCGCAGAACCUGGAUGUGCAAGAGAAACUUCGCAAAGAGGUCCAAUCAGUCUCGGAGGAUCGCCCUUCCCUCGACACCCUCAACACCCUUCCUUACAUGGAGGCCGUAGUUCACGAAUCUCUCCGCAUCUCUCCUCCCGCCUCCUUCACCUUGCGCGAAGCCACACAAGACGCGAUCCUUCCGCUUGCCAACCCCGUCACCGGAAACGACGGCAAGGUGAUGCACGAGGUGGCUGUCGACAAGGGAACCUCCAUCUUUAUUCCCGUCAUCACGGUCAACACUAGCCCGUCUAUCUGGGGCGACGACGCUGCCAAAUUCAUCCCUGAGCGAUGGCUUUCUUCUUCCAAAGAUGGCUUCCAGCCUGGCCCUGUCCCUGGAGUUUGGGGCAAUACGCUUACAUUCCUCGGCGGCGGUCGAAACUGUAUCGGGUACAGGUUCGCAUUGGCAGAGAUCAAAGUCAUUCUCUUUGUGUUGAUGCGCAGUCUCAUGUUUGAGGAGCUCAAGAGCAAGCCGGUUAUUUCAAAGAAGACUGGGAUUGUCAUGCGCUGCUCGAUCGAAGGCGAAGAGGAGGCCGGUCUGCAGAUGCCCCUCAUGGUCCGCCCUGUGCCCGCCUGA